CUAUCAUUCAUUGACCUCAAAUAUGGCUUUUCAUCUGAAAGUUGUAUGUAGUAGCAACAACUUUACAUGGCCACUCAAUAUGAUGUUAACCUAGAGAAAUGUGCGCUAUUGAAGUGUUUGUGUGGAGAGUGGAAGCUGAAUAGCGCGCUUGCUGCAGGACAGGCGCCGGUGCGCUCACUUGCUCUUAAAAUCGCCAUAAUUUUUGGUCAUACAGAUGAAAGUAGCCUAAUACAUCUUUCGAAUCUGUAAAGACUCGUUUAUUUGUGUACACUCAGAAUAACAAGUCAAGUCAAGUCACCUUUAUUUAUAUAGCGCUUUUACAAUACAGAUUGUGUCAAAGCACUUAACAGUAUCAAAUUGGAGGAUAGAGUGUCAGUAAUGUAUAAUGAUAAGAUUAAACACUCAAUUUUCAGUUAAAGGCAUUUCAUUAUUGAAUUCAGAGAUGUCAUUGUCUAGCUCAGUUUAGUUUAAAUAGUAUCUGUGCAAUCAAAUCGGCGAUAAUCGAUAGAAAUUAAGUGUCCCCAACUGAGCAAGCCAGAGGCGACAGCGGCAAGGAACCAAAACUCCCUCUGUGACAGAAUGGAGAAAAAAAAACCUUGGGAGAAACCAGGCUCAGUCGGGGGUCAGUUCUCCUCUGACCAGACGAAACCCGCAGUUCAAAAGUUUAUAUUUCUAUUUUAAUUUUGUUGCAAUUUCUAACAAUAGUAGUAUUAUGUAGUUAGGUAUUUUAUUAUAUUUUAGUUAUUUUGUUAUUUUUGGUUGAUAUAUCUGGGAAUAUAUCUCUGGGGGUCAUCUGGGUGUCCUGGUCUCCGCUGACGAUCAGGGCUGUAGACAUCAUCUCUUGGUGCUGAUCCACCAUCUGAUCGGAUACGGACUGAGAAACAGACUAGGAAAGAAACAGACAAAUAUUAGCGUAGAUGCCAUUCAACUUACGAUGUAACGAGUACAUCGUGUGCUAUGCGGAGUGUUCCCGGUUCCGGUUGAUCUAAUUAAUGCAGCCUAACAAUCCUUUAACGGAUUUGAAUAAUAGAAGCGUAUUAAUGUGUUAUGUGUAAGCCAGGCUAAAGAGAUGGGUCUUUAAUCUAGAUUUAAACUGACCGAGUGUGUCUGCCUCCCGAACAGUGUUAGGUAGAUUGUUCCAGAGUUUGGGUGCUAAAUAGGAAAAGGAUCUGCCGCCCGCAGUUGAUUUUGAUAUUCUAGGUAUUAUCAAACGGCCAGAGUUUUGAGAACGCAGCGGACGUGGAGGACUAUAAUGCGAUAAGAGCUCGCUCAAGUACUGAGCUAAACCAUUCAGGGCUUUAUAAGUAAUUAACAAGAUUUUAAAAUCUAUCCGAUGCUUGAUAGGGAGCCAGUGCAGUGUUGACAGAACCGGGCUAAUAUGGUCAUAUUUCCUGGUUCUAGUAAGGACUCUAGCUGCUGCAUUUUGGACUAACUGUAGUUUGUUGAUCAAGCGUGCAGAACAACCACCCAAUAAAGCAUUACAAUAGUCUAACCUUGAGGUCAUAAACGCAUGAAUUAACAUUUCUGCAUUUGACGUUGAGAGCAUUGGUCGCAAUUUAGAUAUGCUUUUGAGAUGAAAAAAUGCAGUUUUACAGAUGCUAGAAACAUGGCUUUCAAAUGACAGAUUGCUAUCGAACAGCACACCUAGGUUCCUGACUGAUGAAGAAGAAUUGACAGAGCAGCCGUCAAGUGUUAGAUAAUGUUCUAGGUUAUUACAUGUGGGGUUUUUAGGUCCGAUAAUUAACACCUCUGUUUUUUCAGAAUUUAGCAGUAAAAAAUUAUUCGUCAUCCAGUUUUUUAUAUCGACUAUGCAUUCCGUUAGUUUCUCAAUUUGGUGUGUUUCACCGGGCCGCGAAGAAAUAUAGAGCUGAGUAUCAUCAGCAUAACAGUGAAAGCUAACACCAUGUCUCCUGAUAAUAUCUCCCAAGGGUAACAUAUAAAGCGUGAAAAGUAACGAAGCGUUGCGCUUUAAAGCAAACAGGGUGCACGUUAGGUCUCCAUGCACGCAGGGCCAGAUUAUCCAUAGACGGGAUUGGGGCACCAGCCAAUAGGGGGGCACCAGGUGCUUACGAUAAUGACAAGACCUUUAAAAUAUUUUUCAUGUUUUGUUUAUAUUAUUUUGCUGGAAGAGAUACAGAUGCAUAGAAAAUGAACAGUUGAUGAUACAGAGAGAAUAUCAAAUAUAUGCACGCAUAUAAAGAAUUGCGAUUGGGUCAGGUCACAAUGUAUUUGGCCCCUCCCCCAAAGUCGGAGUCGAGCAUAUUUAUUCACAAAAUGGAUAGGCAGCAUCAAACUUGGCGGUUGUGCGAAACGUAAAUUAAAAAAAGAGAAAAUAUCACGACACAUAGCCAGGGCUAUACAGUGCGACUGAAAAGUACUGCGUGCGACUAUCAAAAAAUUAUUUAGGAGCACCUGUGCGUCUAACCCGAUCAGCAUAGGCUAUUUGUGUUUGCGCUGAGAGGAGCUUCAAAGAUUUCUACUUGCGUGUUUGUGCAGCGGUGAGUAAUGUUUCGCAGACAUUUGUUGAUUCCUUGAAUGCAAUGUUAAUCAGAAUCCACUCAGUGCUCAAAAUACUUUUGUUCAUUGCUGAGUUAUGCAAGCUCACAAAUCCUCUCCAUAACAAACAAAGUGUAGACGGUGUAAACAAGAGAUUCGUUGUGCAGUGUAGAGAGCUUCAUUGAUUAUAAUGGAGCUUUGUGAGAUUGCGAUGAACUGAAGUGAGUAACAGCUUUUAAAGAUUAUUAAGGGAGUUUGUAAAUGUGAUAUUAAAUUAAUACAACAGUUCAAUGAACAAUAAGUUAAUAUAAAGUGAUGUACAUUGUAUGAUUUUAACAAUAUUGCCUGAUUUUGCUCUAUUUAGUCAAGGAAAAUAGUUUCAAACAGUCACAGCUGAGCUGCUGCGCAUCUCCAUUCAAACACAGUGGUGUUUCAUUUAUGAAUGGACCUGCGUUUUUAAAUGAAUCUAGUGAGUCAGUGAUUCAAUUACCCAUUCAUAAAGACGGUCACUUGCUUCGUUCCUGAAUGAAUCAGCCAUUCAAACGAAUCAGUUGAAUGAAUGAUUCAGUGAAAAAAAAAAAAUCAGUCACUUACCGCCACCUACUGGCAGUUUUAUUUUUAUGUUUAAAGUGUCAUUUCAGUUAUUUAAAUAAUUUCAAUCAAAUAAUAGUUCUAUAUUCAAAAUGUUAUAUUUAAAACAUUAAUCUCACAACAUUGUUAUGAAUUUAAAACAUCCAUGUCACCUCUGAGCCUCUGUAAAUGGGUGAGCGUGAUUUCACCAAGUACAACAUGUUCCUGGAUCAACAUCCUUGUUGAUCCUGGAACGUCAUUCCAAUCAACCAAUCAGAAUUGAGGGAUAACUUUUCAGGAAAUAUUAGUUUUAGGCUUAUGAUCAGGGUUAGGUGCUUCGACACCCUUGUUAAUCAGCUAUCAUUUCUCACUGAUUUCAGGAAUAAAUUAUGGGUAGGGUUAGGUUUAGGGGUAGAGAUUGGGUUAAGUUUAUAUUUUUGAACAAUAAUGUUGAUACAGGAUCAACAAAAGAUGUUGAUCCAGGAACAUGUCUUGGCAAAAUCACGGCGACCAAAAAUGUCUGUAAAUUUACCUACAUGCCACUUUUAUGUUCUUCUGUGCCAGCUUUGUAGUGGAAACUAAUUUUGUUAAUAUUGAUUUCUUUUGAUUAAAUAACAUUCUUAUUAUUCUACCUGUUCUUAUUCUAUUUUUUUUUAUUAGAAAUUUUGGGAAAAUAUACAUUUUUGAAUUUGACAAUCACAUAGCCUCCCUUUAAUAAAAUUAAGGGAAACAAAUGGCAUUACAAAAAAUGCCCCUGUAAAUCACUUUAAGGAAUCAAAUAUUACCUUGUAAUGGGAAGGCAUUUCAAAUGUGGUCACCCUAGGGCACUACACUGUGUUAAUCCGGGCCUGCAUGCACGGCAUUUCCUUUAGAUUGGCAGGUUUGUAUGGAAGCAGAAUAAUAACAAUAGUUUUUGAAACAUAAAGCAUGCUGAAUUCCACAAAUCGAAAAAAAGAUGCGUUGCAAUUAACAGUGCUUGCAUUUUAAUGCCUUGCAUUUCCAGGGCUUGCAUUUUUAGGUCCUGAAAUUUAACAUAGUUGUUUAUUUAAGCUGUGAAUAUUUCAAUUCAAAAUAUUUCACACACAUUUUCAUAAUUAAAAAUUCAAUAAUUCAUAUUCACCUUCCAGAAUUCACUUCCAAAAUAUUCAAUCUGUUUAAAAAUACGAUGUAUAAUAUUCGACAGGCAAAUUUCAGUCAUUUUAUUUCACUUUCCAAAUUCGGUGCCACAAAUUUAGUGGUUAAAAUUCGGCAGAAAAUUCAGCGUUGCACAUCCGGGAACCGCAGGAAUAGCAGUAGAGCACCGAUGCAUGAUCUCCAGCUGAUGUCAGCCGCUCACCAGCAGGUGGUGCAAGUGGCUGUUGAUGAAGGCCAUAUGUGGAUCAAGUCACUCAUUUACAAAAACUGAUUUGCAGAAAUGGAGCUAGCGUUUUGAUUAUCAGGGCCAGUAUAAAUGUGUGGAAACGCUGAUUGUGUGUAUGUUUAAUUCAACAUUUUCGCUGUUUCCCGUAGCCUACAUAUAAGCAGCUUUCUCUACCACAAAGGAGAUUAUAAUGCUCUUUUACCCAACGCUGAAGUACAGAACUAACAUUACAUCUGAGGAAGACAUAUAUUGCUUUCGGUUGCUUAGUUUCUGUAACUUUGUAUCAUGGCUUGUGUGACGCUGUGCUGUAAUACUGGGGUUCCCCUCAUACGUCACACUCCAGGAUUCCCCAACAAUGCUUAACUUGCGCCUCAGUGAACUAAUACAGUGAUAUAAGACCUCAGAUCUCAGAAUACACUUUAUUGAUGAUUAUGCAAACUAUAUACAGGCAUGCAAAUGAGGUCAGAAGAAAGCAACACGCUUCAUUUUCGUUGCUUUCCCUUACCACUGAUCUAUAGUCGACAGUCCUACAAAGAUAUCAAUAUACCACGAUUAGUUUUAACAGUAAGCAACCACUUUAUAUCAACAUAAAAAGGAGUUCAAAACCGUCUAGGUGUAAUGUUGCUGCAAAUGUAAACCGGAGAAACUUUGUCCAGAAAGCAUUGACGUGCUAUAACACCCAAGGGGCCGUCUGACAGUUCCACCGACUGGGUUAAAACGUCCAAUGUAUUUAAAUUAAAAUGACAUUUACAUUUAAAAUCGCACAGUCAAAUUGUAAAGCUUGUAUUGCUUUUAGUGAUUUACUACAGAUGAGAUUUUGCCAAUAUAUAUACUGUAUGUACAGUACACAAUUAUUUACAUAUAAAAUAUCCCUUACUGUAUGUACAAUUCACUUUUUUCAUUUUUAAAACAAAAACAAAAAAAUCUGCAAGACCUCAAAAGGAAUUGUUCAUUUUCCAAAGGUUUUAGUAUAACAUAUUGAUGUACUUUAUGUACAUUAAGGAAGGUAUUAGCAAAAUUUCACCUAUAGUAAGUGAGUCUAGUCUCUAGGAAUGUACUACAACUUUUGGAACACGAAAAAUCCCAUUUUGGUGAAUUAAAAAUAUUUGUGUAGUGUACAUACUUAGGGAAAUUAUUGUCUAAGGUGAGUUAUUCAAAAUAUAUAUGUAGUCAGUUUGAGUAAAUUAUUAAUUUACUGUAAACAUUAAUUUGAAUAAAUUACUUGAAUUUAAUAAUUACAUUUAAAUAAUUUAAUAAAUUAUUACUUUGUUUUGAACUGUGAGGUAAAUUUGCAGACGGUCCCUAAUGCAGCCUAGGCGAAUAUGCAGCGAAUAUCAAACCUAAAACCUAUAAUAUCGCGCUUGGUUUUCUAUGGGAGGAAAAAAUGGUUUGGUGAAACUUGUUGGUUGUGGGCUCAUCUGCUUAAAUGUACAUAAUAUACAGUAAUAUAUUUUAUUAAUUAGAUGCUGAAUUUAAUCAUUUAUUAUCACUGAGGCAAACCGUGUUAAGUGUUUUCUUUAUGGGAAAUGUUUAACUUGCAGUUUCGCGCGUUCCGUAACUUGUGUUCAUAUCUGCAUCUGUUUGCAUCAUCAGUGAGAUCUGAGUUUGGUUUUUUAAUAGACUUGUCUGAGAUGAGCAAAAUCUGCGCAGACCCGAUCACCAGUGAUCACCGCGAGAUGCAUGCCGGUUAGAAAAGUGUCUGAGUUUUUUAUUUUAUUUUAAUUUUUUUAUUAAACAUAUAACAUUCACAGGGGAUACAGUCAAAGCAAUAAAACACAUACACAACCAGAAUACAAAACAGUAAAUACCUCGAUAAUAGCAAUAACAAAAAAGAAAUAUAAAGAGAAAAACAAAUAAAUAAUAGUUGCCAUAAACAUCUUUUUAAAAUAAAUUAAUAAAUAAAACGUGUCCGAGUUACAGGAAAUUAAGUUUCUACUAUACACACACACAUAUACAUAUAUGCAGUCUCUUAGAUCUCCAUGCACCGGUCAGAACUAGAACUGUCACCUUCUCCUGUUCAGCCCCAUGGUUUACCUGUGAGCUGCGAAAGAUGAAGGCAGCCGGACGAGUCCUUGAGCGGCGACUUAAAGUUACAGGACUCAAUGUUCACAGGCAGGCCUACAGAGAGCAUCAGAAGGCUUAUGCAAAAUCUUUGAGAGAUGCUAGGUCACGAUUCUAUUCUGGUAUUAUUAAUAAUAGCCCUGGAAACUCAAAGCAGCUAUUCUCUACUAUAGAUCAAAUACUUAAACCGCAAACUCAUCCUCUCUUAGAAGCUACAAAGGAGAGAUGCGACAGUUUUAUUACUUUUUUCAGAACAAAGGUAGAUACAAUCCGCUCUCCUCUGUCUAGUUCCUCUGCUCUGCCUGCUUUGAAUGCCGAUUUUCAGCCUGAAACUACCCAGCCUUUCUGCUGUUUUUUUGACAUCUCACAGCGAGAGGUUGAGGACAGAAUCAGAAAGAUGAAACCAUCAACUUGCGCCUUGGACCCUUUUCCUACAGCCCUGGUGAAAUCUAAUCUUUGUGCCAUAAGUCCCCUGAUUACUAAGGUUAUAAAUCAUUCCCUUCAGACUGGUCAUGUACCACUUGAACUGAAAACUGCUGUCAUCAGACCACACCUCAAAAAACCAACUUUAGAUCCAGAAGUCUUUGCCAACUACAGGGCCAUCUCUAACCUUCCAUUCCUUUCUAAAAUGUUGGAAAAAAUAGUUGGUGCACAACUUCAGACCCACUUAAAACAAAACAAUUUGUUUGAGAAAUUCCAGUCUGGUUUCCGCUCUGGCCACAGCACCGAAACCGCUCUGGUGAGGGUCACAAAUGACCUGCUGAUGGCAGCAGACGCUGGUUCUCCAUCUCUUCUCAUCCUCCUGGAUUUGACUGCAGCACUGUGGACACUGUGGACCAUAAUAUUCUUUUGUAUCGUUUACGUCACCCCAUCAGUCUCUCUGACUCCGUCUAUAACUGGUUUUCAUCCUACCUUACUGGGAGAAUGGAAUAUGUUGCUUUGGGAGAGGCUAAAUCCGUGACACACAAUGUCACCUGUGGUGUCCCUCAAGGCUCAGUGCUUGGCCCUCUUCGGUUUAUACUAUAUAUGCUCCCUCUCGUGUCAUCAGCCGGCAUGGAAUAUCUUUUCACUGUUAUGCUGAUGACACUCAACUUUACCUUAAGAUCAACUCAUCCACUUCUGUCGCCCUAUCAUCUUCCACCAUGACUACCUGUUUGGAGGAUGCAGAAGUCUGGAUGAGCCAAAAUUUCCUGAAGUUAAACAGCUCAAAGACUGAAGCCAUUCUAGUAGGCACCCCACACCAGAUCCAGACAUCUGUAAUUUCAAGUAUUAACUUUUCUGGCAAAAAUAUUCCACUCUCAACAUCAGUUAUUAAUUUGGGUGUUAAAAUGGACUCUCAUCUCACCUUUGAGGCUCAUGUUAAUCAACUGUGCAAGACUUCCUUUUUCCAUCUUAGGAAUAUUGCUAGACUUCGUCCAAUGCUCACUCUAGCAGAUGCGGAAAAGCUUGUCCAUGCUUUUGUUUCCUCCAGGCUGGACUACUGUAAUGCGCUCCUCAUUAGGAUCCCUGGCAAAAGCCUACAGAAAUUGCAGUACAUUCAGAAUAGUGCUGCUAGGAUCCUGAUGAGGGCGCACAAAUACAAAUACAUAUCACACACAUUUUAAAAUCACUACAUUGGCUUCCUGUUUCAUUCAGGAUUGUUUACAAGGUCUCUCUCCUUACCCAUCAGUGCAUCCAUGGCGACGCCCCAUCAUAUCUUAAGGAACUCCUUAAUACUUCAUUGCUCCGUCUAAUGCAUUGUGAUUGGGGAGCCCGGUCUCGGGUGGUUUACUGGCUGCUCGUUGUCCCUGCAUGAUGGUCCUUAACAAAAAAAACUACAACAUUCUGUCGGCCCCUUAAGUGCGUCGGCCCACCAGGAAAAUGUCCGGUAUGCCCGAUUACCAAUUGAAAGAUUAUUUGUUUUUAAUUGACUUUAGUCAAAUGUAUUUGAAUCAACUAUAGCCAGCUGUAUGAACUGUUCUAAAGUGUGAACCAAAUGGCCCAUCCUGUCAGGACAUCAUAAGGUUACACUAUUAUUGGCUCUCCAUGGGGUGUUAUUGUGUUGUUUGUAGCACAUUUGUUACCAGGUAUAAAGGUCUGGUCUCACAGACAGUACCUUGGGUUAAGAUUGUUUGAAGGAUGACAUGCUAACAUCACUGCUGAAGAACUGCUACACUGCUACCUUCAAUAAAUUCUUCUCCCCACAAGAACUUUGGUCAAGCUUACUUAUUUUAUGCAUUAGAGAAAUCUAGUACAUUGGCGAGCCACCCAAACUACUGCUCAACCAAAUACAGCGAAAUCUAACACAAUCCAGCCCUGACUAGUACUCUCAGUAGUUUUUGAGAAGAGUACUUUGUACUUUUAUUAAGUACUGUUUUGGCACCAGUACUUUUACUGAAUUCUUCAGAAAAUUCACAUAUUUCUCAUUACUGUAAUGCAAAGAACAACAAAGCAAUAAUUUUGUGCAUAAUCAAAUUAUUUACAGUUUUUUACAAUCAUUUUUGCACUAAUAACAGAAUCUUCAUGUCAUUUUUCAAAACACAACACUUUUUCCAAAUGCUUGGAUACAAUACACAUGAGUCAAAGAUAUUUUGUUCAUUGAACUAAAAUCACCUGUUCAAAAUGACACAACUUUCAAAGUAUUACUAUUUCAAAAUACAACUCCCACAUUACAUCUGAAGUGAGAGUUAGAUCAUUGUAAUGAAAUGAAUAAACAAUCAACUGAUACAACUGCUCGAAAUGCUACGUAACUGUUACAUUACUCUUGAAGCAUAGUUUUAUGGAAAAUUAUGAACGAUAUUACGUGUUUAGAUUAUGAAAGUGAAGCAACUGAGGACUGAGUAUGUUCAAAUAUAAUUAGUUUCAAGAUGCCUGUUGUUGGGAGAGAAAAAAAUCAUAUAUCAUAUAUAUCUAUAUCAUUGUUAUCAGUAUUUGUUUUUCCUACAGUAAAUGUGUUUUUAGAGGAUGAUAGAGCUGGAAGCUGAUGAAAACCAUUCAUAUUUUUUGACGAGGCAGGCUUUACUCUGGCCAUGACAUGGAGGAGAGUUUGACAUUCCAGCGGUUGAGAGCGGCCCAGAAUGAUAUUCACUCUGACCACCCCCCACUGAAUGUGAUUUUGAGGGGAGCUCAUAACAAAAUCAGUGCAAAGGGCCCAGAAUUCCUAGCAACGGCCCUGAGUGCAAUCGUGGUUUUCAGGUUUUCAUCCACAGUUUAUCAGCUUGUAUUUACCCCAUACUCUCCUUUCCUUACUGUAACCCGACUGAGGAGUUUUUCUCCACAUGGAGGUGGAAGGUUCACAAUAGAUUCCUCACAAACAAUCAUUCUUCUCCAGGCCAUAGAUGAUGCAUGCAAUGACAUCACAGGAGACCAAUGGCAGGCCUGGAUUUGCCAUACCAGAAUUUUUUUACAAGAUGUUUAACUAAUGAAAACAUCCAUUAUGAUGUGGAUGAGAACCUGCAUGUGGCCAAACCCACAAGACAGGGUUGAAAAAAAACAAAACAUAGAAGAGCAGUGAGGAACUGUGACUUUUCUAAUCUAUUUUUUUCUUAUUUAAAGUUUUUUUUUUCACCUGUUGUGAGUUGGUUAUUUUAUCAAUAAUUUUCAAAUGUUUAAUGAUUCCAGUGUCUGUACUUUGUCUGUUUUGGAAGUCCAGAGUCGAGUGAGGAACCUUGGAGUUAUUUUUGAUGCUAAUCUGUCUUUUGAUUCUUUCUUCCAGAGCACUGUUAAAACCUCUUUUUAUCCACCUCAGAAAUAUCACAGUCGCGGAAAUGCUGGGAGGAACUUCUCAACAAAUUCACUUCACAGCGCAUCAGUGAAAGGCUUUCCUAUGUAACAAACACGGUUUUCCACUCUUGUAUUUACCAGGUUUGUAAAUGUAUGGGGUUUUAUUUUUUGCAUCAUUAAUCUUGUAUGAAAAUUGUAUGAAAAAAAAAACAUGACAAGGUCACUGGACUUCUCACAAAAUGCCAGUAUUAUGCCAAAAUAUUUUGGACUUCACUAAUCUUAAUAUUUGGCCCAUAUUUGGUUUGUUCCUGUUCCUGUCAUUAUGAGUUGAUUAGUCCCCUUCCGUGUUUGAUUGUUCCCCACCUGUUUCAGUUCUCCUCGUUUGAUUUCCUUCUGUUCAUAAGCCCUGUGUUUCCCUGUCUCCACGUCAGCUGUUAAACGUCAUUUUGAGUGUACCUGUGACUCCUGUGUGUUUGUCAAUAAAGUCCUUGUUCCUGAGUUCCUCGUCUCCUCGUUUCCCUGGCUCCAGAGAGGAUCGUGACAGAACAGCUGACCUAAACAAAGGAUGGAAGUCGCCGCGCAGAUCUUCGCCCUUGCCCGCCUGGAUCUCCCGUUCUACGAGUAUACGGCCGAGUUCUGUCAGCUCGCGAGGGGAAUGCCGCUGGAAGACGCGGGCAUCAUCCACCUUUUCCGGCUCGGAGCCAAUCUCCACCAUCCCAUGGAGCUCCCAGACACCACGGGACUGUGUUGGAGAGAAGCUAUUUACCGGUGUCUGGGAAGUGUCUGGGCCCGAGCCAGAACUAGCCUGCCGUCCGCGGCUCCCUCUCACCAGCUGCUGUCUAAAGACCUCAAUGUAUCGUCACGAGCCGCAGGGUUUAAUUUGGUUUUGUCUGUGCAUGUGUUGAUGUGUUUCUAUACCGGUUUAAAGAGCCAAAAAAUGUCUUACAUCCUUACCAUACAUACAUAAUUCAUAAUCAACAUAUUUGCAAUUAUCUCUUGUCAGAAGUUUCAGGAUCUCUUUCUCCCGGUGUCAGUGCUCACUCAGUCCGGAUUCGAACUACUUGGAGCUCGAUGAAGGAUUUCAGGUUCAGAUAACUAGUUACUAUGAAUUAACCACUCAGAGACUUGUUUUAAAAGUUGAACAAAUCACCAUUGAAAUGGUUUCAUUUUAUUAAAAAACAAUAACUCCUAAGCAAAAUAUCAAAAGUUACAGCGAGUAGUCUUCACCACGAAAUGUCGGCGUCUCAAAUUAGUUUAACAAGCAUUUAUAUAUUCUUGCAUAUUAUUUGCAUUAAUCUUAUAAAAACCUCCCAUAAUUCUUCCAUCUUCUGUCAAUGUCUGUGACUGCCUCGAAGACAGGAAACAUGACCUUUGUCACAGAGGCUGUACAAGACAGUGUCAAAAGUUCAAAGGAAGAAUUAUGACACCUCUAGAUAGCAAGUGUGUCUACUUCUAUUUUAAACUAUAGGAAAAAUUGUAACACCUUUCAAAACAUAAGCGAUACAUGAGCACCUAUGCCCAAACCACAAUAUAACACUUCUAGCAGGUGUUAAGAGCACUUUAUGCCACGGUUAACUAGAAGUUCCAUUUUGCACUCGCGUUGCAAAAUGCAUCUUGUUUUUAACCGUUCCAUUACAAAGUAAGCAAAGCAACUAUAUAGCAGUUAAAACCAUAAAGCAAUCACUAUCUGUGAUCUCAACAUAAGAUACACUUUUAUACAGCUUCUGACACUUAUAACAGGAUUCUGAAGUUUCAUUGUUUCUAAAUCAUUUGUCAAUCUUUGUAACUCAGCUGAAAAAUCAUGCAAUUCAAUCAUUUCUUUUAUCAGUUUCAUUAUUCUCUUAUUUGUUGAUUCUUGCUUCCUCAUCAAUCUCAGAAUUGCCUUCAUUUUGAAGAUGAUCCUUUGAUCCUCCUGCUCUCUCUUGAGCCCGUCUGCGACGCCUCUUCUUCUCCUGCUUCUUGACCUCCCUACUCCAGUUUCGUUGUAUCCCUUGAACUAAAAAAUCGUCAAAAUCAAUUUCUGUCUUAUCUGACCUUUUCUUGUCGUUAGAGGAUCGAUCAGGAAAUUGCAUAUCACAUAGGUUGGGACCUAACUUUACAGUGUGUAUGCAGAUAAACGUCAACUUUUCAUUUUUGGGUGAACUAUCCCUUUAACUUUUUUGUGGAAGCAAUGAUACCACUCAAACAUUUGUGGUAAGAUUUAAAAAAGAAAUUAAUAAUUUUAUUCAUCAUACAUUAAAGCAGGGUUCCUCAAUAGGCAGCCCGCAGGCCACAUUCGGCCCGUAAGAGAAAUAUGUUUGGCCCGUGCUAAUUUCAAAUAAUGUGGCAUGAAAGUUCAAACGCAGCUUCAGAAAACGACAUUAACUUACAUCGUGUCUACACCAGAGACUGUCUACAUCGGCUGCGCGAUGCAACAAAGUACAAUGGAACCCAUUAUAAUCAGUGAUGCUGUCUACACUGGAUGCGGUGCGGCAUGACAAAUCCCGACAGUAAACUGCUGACUCGUUCUGUUUAUAACGUACUGACACAAAGUUCAAAUGAUAUGCAAUGCUUUAUCGCGUCCAGUGUAGAUAGGAUGUGACAGCAAAAACAUGGCGAGUGUGUAGAAAAGAAAAGUGGAUACGGAAAAUAGAUGAUUCAAAUGUGAAUGGACUGAACAUUUUUGAGUGAGUGAGUGAAACCAUCUUUGUUAUGGAAUACACGUGUUGGUUCGCAGUAAGUUCACAGUUUUAACGUACAAGUUUGCUUUAGGUUCUGAGGUAAAAUAUCUAUUGUUGCUUUCACUAUGACUAUAAAGAUCACGCAAAAUAAUAUUCAAAGUCACAUUAGACAUUUUUAACAUUGAAUAAAGCAUAUAAUCAUUACCUGAGAUUAUCGCUGUCAUAUUUUGUAUGUUGUUCCUUCCGUGACAUCGCAGAAAAUAAAAAACAUUUCUAA